AUGGCAUUCGAACUACAUAUUUGGGGCCCAGCAUUUGGGCUGCCUUCGAUCGACCCACAAUGUAUUUCGAUGGUUGCAUAUUUUGCUUUGGCCGUCCCCAUGAAGUUAAGAGGUUCUGAUGGGGAACAGGAACAGUGGGUGUUGGUAGCGGACAGCGAUCCUGGUAUGGUUCCAACUAAUGAACUACCAGCGUUAUGGACCGGAACGAGGUGGAUCAGUCGGUUCAGGAACAUCGUAGCAUACCUGAGCCAAUACUCUGAUGGAGAAUGGGACUUGGAUCGGUGGAUGGGUCAAAAAGAGAAAGCAGAUUGCAUAGCGUUCUCAUCCUUUCUCGAAUCCCAAGGCCAGCCAUUGAUUGACCUUUCCUUAUACGUGUCGAGUGAUAAUUAUAACAAUGCGACUUCCCAGGCCUAUGCAUCGUUUCUCCAAUGGCCCAGCCAAUGGAUAACGCCACCACAAAUUCGAAAACUGGCUAAGAAACGCACAGAAUAUCUCGGGCUUACAUCCCUUGAUGUCGAUGUGAUGGUGGAGGAGCAGAGAUAUCAAGCGCGGGAUCCCAGCAGCCUAGCAAGCAAAAUCCCAAAAAGCCUUAUCCGCAAGCGCCAGGCGACAAUACGACUGGAGGGCCUGGCCAGCGCAUUUGUGGCACCUCUGGAAGAGCUUCUGGGGCGGAAAGGGUAUCUGUUAUCAUCGGAAAUUCCGUCGAGUCAAGAUUGUUUGGCGUUGGGUUAUCUCUCCCUGGCCUUAGUUCCAAACCUUCCAAACCCGUGGUUGAGAGAUGCUGUCACGGAACACGGACCGCAAUUAGUGGCCUAUGUAGCCCGAUUACGGUCGCGGUGUUUUGGCGAUGUGCCAGUGGAGGUGUCCAUGGCGUUUUCAGAGAGCGUGGGGGGUGCAUCGAGCCUGCCUUGGCGAGCUCCGGAGCUGGUUAGCCUUGGAGCAAUGGGAAAGCGGGCGCUGGAAGGGGUAGCGGAUUCGAUACCGAUUGUGCAGCAGAUCAGAGCCAACGCUAGAUUGCAACGGGCGGGCGAGCAGGCGCAGGGGCCCUGUGAGGAGAAGGAGAUAGCAGCGAAGGUCGCCACGAUGCAGCGACGAGAGUUAUAUACGUCGAUAGCUACUGUAUUGGCUGGCCUAGGGAUGUUUGUGGGAUAUGUGUUGUAUGCGGGGUUCUUCCAGGUCGAACAGGCUGCUGAAAUAGAGGAAGACGAGGACGAGGAGGGUGAGGAGGAGGAAGAUGAGGAAGGAGAGGGAGAAGAAGAAAAGAAGGCGGACUAUCCAAAAAGCAAGCUCCAGAAUCCAUCUCAGGAGGAGCCUGCCGGUGAUACUCAGAAGCCCGUGUCGCCAUUGGGAGAGGUGGGAUCCAUGCUGGGGAUUUAG